CCUCCCCUUUCCCAUCCACUGGCUGAGGCAGGGAUCCGGGGGCGGGUGUGGGGGCGGCCUGAACCUGCUCCUCUGGGGGAGCAGAUGUGGCUCGGGCUCCCAGGCAGCCGGGGAAGAACAUCUGGUUCGGCUUGAUGGGCGCCAGCUCCCUGUCGGAAGAUUACCGCCUGUGCUUGGAGCGGGAGCGGCGGAGGGGCGGCUCGGGCGUCUGUGCAGACCCCAUCCUGCGGGCCGUGCUCUGGCAGAUCCUCGUGGAGGACUUCGACCUGCACGGGCUGCUCCAGGACGAUGCCCUGGCCCUCUUCACCGAUGGGCUGUGGGGCCGAAGUGACCUGGCCCCUGCCCUUCGCAACCUGGCCCGGGCGUUCGAGCUUCUGGAGCUAGCUGCUGUCCACCUCUACCUCUUCCCUUGGAGGAAGGAGUUCACCACCAUCAAGACCUUUUCCGGGGGCUAUGUCCACUUCCUGAAGGGUGUGCUCUCAGAGGACCUCAUCACCAAGUGCUUCCAGAAGAUGGGCUACACCAGGAGAGAUGAACACCACCUGGUCGUGGCCACCCCCCCACCAGGCUAUGAGCUGAUUCAGGUAGCUCUAGGCUGCUUUGCUCUGAGAUUGGAGUGUGAGAUUUUAGGGGAGAUCCUGACCAAGCUGGGAACCAGCCUACUGUCUUCAGAGGAACUGAUUGAGGAGCGGAGAGCCAGCGGCGAUGUGGACACGUGUGUGGACAGGCUGAGGCGGCGGCUGGCGGGAGGCGGAGAGCCGCCCACGAGGCCACUGGUCGGUUACUCUGCCGGCAUUGAUCUGUACAGUGACAUGCUGGAAGAAAGUCCUGAGGAUGAUUCCUUGUAUGGUGAGCCCCUCGCUGGGCCAGAGUCUCCCUCCCCAGAGCUAGCCUAUCAACCCCCUAUCUGGGAACAGAGUGCCAAACUGUGGGGCACUGGCCACGUGGCCUCCAGUGCCAGGGAGCUUCGGGACAAUGGCAGCAGUUGGGAGCCUUCCACUGUGGAGGAGCCCAUUGAGGAGAGCCUGUCCUACCAGGCCUUGGAAGAGCCCACAGAAGAGAGAACCACCUUCUCCUUCAUUGCCUUGCGCCGGGAGCUGACUCCAGAAGUUGCUGGGAGCAAGAGCCCCAGCCGUUCCCCCCGGCACGUCAGGGCCAGUGGGCAUCUCGAGGCUGCUGAAGGGGCCCUUGCUUCUCCCUCUGCAUCUGGUGGGGAGCCCCAGCGCUACCAGCUUCAUGGUUGCCUGCCAGUGGGCACUCUGCCCGCCUACUGCUGUGAUACAUGCUGCCAGCUCCAUGCCAGCCACUGCCAGGCUGUCUAUAGCUGCCGCCUGGGCCACACGCUGCACGAGCUACAGAGUGAGAAGCAGCGACGUCUCUGGCUACAGAGGACCCAGCUGGACUCCCUGCUUUAUGAGAGUCCCCCCAGAGCCCGGCCCUAAGAUAUGCACUCCCCCAAAUUGUACGGCUGUCCCCCCUCUUCCUCCAAGGAGACCGGCUUCUCUCCUGGUCGAUGGAGGGGAUGGGACCCCUCCAGCUCAGUAGGAAAGGAAGGAGUCUGUAAUCCUGCUCCCCAACCCAUUCAGCCCCUUAGGAGACCUGGGUUCUAGCACCUUCUGCCCCCAACUAAUUGUGCGAGCUUCGUUAAGUCAUCCCUAUUUGUCAUUGAGGAAACUUGGGCCUGGGAGGACUGACAACAACCUUAUCAACCUCAUGAUAGAUUUGAUUUGUUUUUGUUUUUGUUCUUUCGGGGCAAUGAGGGUUAAGUGACUUGCCCAGGGUCACACAGCUAGUUAAGUGUCAAGUGUCUGAGGCUGGAUUUGAACUCAGGUCCUCCUGAAUCCAAGGCCAGUGCUUUAUCCACUGCGCCACCUAGCUGCCCUGCUUAUGAUAGAUUUGGAAAAAGCUUAAAGUGUUAGAACAAUGUCAGCUGGAAGUACCCGCAAAGGAAUUCCUGCCUCUUGGAAACGGGGAGGCAAAGUAAGUCUUUAGCAAGGCAAGGAGAAAGCCCGCUGGGUUAUCUAUAAAACCAGCUUCCCUCUCCCUAUCUCCUCCAGCAUCUAGGUGUGAGGCAGGGAUGAGGACAGUCUUCUGGGCAUGGAGCUGGGGCUGGCCUGCCCUUCUGUCCUGCCCAGGUGACUCCAGAGGAAACAUUACUUUCCCACAAGACCCUUCUGACCCGCAGGGUUGUGCCCGUGGAGGAAGGGCCUGGGCACAGCUGGACCUGUCCUGUGUAGGUGGCUGUCUGUAUUAAAGUGUGUGAGGCAACGGAG